AUGAAAAUCCAUUCCAAGGGCAAAAGCUUGGGAUCGGCAGUGGCGCUUCGAAAUCCUUCAAGAUCUACGAGAAUCUCCGCCGGGAUGGCCUCCAGCCAAGUUUCCAUCGUUCUUGCGGCUCUCAAGGUAUGCAUUGUGCACGCUCGAUGCGGCAGCACGGCCGACGCGCGCCUCGUCUUCCAAUCGAUGCAGCAGCGAGCUCUGGUCGAUCUGGUCUCGUGGAAUGCCAUGAUCCGGGGCUACUCCGAGAAUGUGGACUUCUUGCAGUGGUUUCUCAGGAUGAAAGACGAGGGAUUCCAGCCCGAUGAUCGAUCUUUUGUGGCUGCGCUCAAAGCGUGUGCUUCGAUCGUUGGCACUGGAGAAAAGGAGGAACUCAUGGAGAGGAAAGAAGAUCGCACAAGAGCGCUCUUGGAGAGUGAAGAUCAAGUCUCUGGAGAAAGGGAUGGCUGUGCACGCAGCUCAAGGUGGUUUUCUCGGACGGGACACUGAUAGCGAACAGCUAAGGCGUGUGGGAACUUAGCUGCUCGAAAACAGGAUCAAGAACACAGGGAAAAACAUCUAGAGAAAGUCGCAGCGAUUCACUCACAGGCUGUAAGAUCCG